CAUAUAAGAAUUUUUGUAAGAGGUAGUAGGGUAUAAUAGAAUAAAGUCCGACGUGUUACCACAGACACCAAUCUUUCCCUAUCUUCAUCAUCUUCUUCCAUAUCACAAUUACUUGAAGGAAGUGCGUGAAGCAGUGGCAAACGUCUUGAUAGGGAACAAAAAGACAUGGCUUCUUCUUCUUCUUUUUUCACUUUCUCUAGUCAGACCACACUGCACUCCCAUCUUCACAGAAACACCAUUCUCACCAAAACCCAAUUUUCAGUUCCCACAAAAUCAUCAGAAUCUAACUUCUUUGGUCUCAGACUCUCUCCCUCCACCUCUCGCUCUCCCCUCUCUCCCUGUUCUUUCAAAAGCUCAAUCUUUGCUAAGGUUAACAAGGGGCAGAGUGCACCAGACUUCACACUAAAGGAUCAAAAUGGAAAGCCGGUGAGCCUGAAGAAGUAUAAAGGGAAGCCUGUUGUUGUAUAUUUCUACCCUGCCGAUGAAACCCCUGGCUGCACCAAGCAGGCUUGUGCGUUCAGAGACUCUUAUGAGAAAUUCAAGAAAGCCGGCGCAGAGGUCAUUGGCAUAAGUGGUGAUGAUUCUGCUUCUCACAAGGCCUUUGCAAGCAAAUACAAGCUUCCUUACACAUUGUUGAGUGACGAAGGGAAUAGGGUGAGGAAAGAUUGGGGAGUGCCAGGAGAUUUAUUUGGGGCAUUGCCAGGGAGACAGACUUACGUUCUCGACAAAAACGGUGUCGUUCAGCUGAUCUACAACAACCAGUUCCAGCCUGAGAAACACAUUGAUGAGACCUUAAAGUUCCUCAAAGCUGCUUGAUCUUGUCUUCUUCUCUUCUUCCUCAUCUGGAUGACUGGAUAUUUACAACAACAAUUCAUGACCUUCCUCUAUUGUUAUCAUUUCUCUUUUCCCAAUGACUCCAAUUCAAAACACCAAACUUGAUAAUAAAAAAAUAAAUAUAAGAGUUUAAUUUCACAA